GGUAACAAAUUGCUCAUUCUGAAAUUUCUUGCUUUUCCACUUUUGUUGAUAUACUUGAUAACAAAUAAUGGCAAGUGCACUCACAGAAGAUCAGAUUGCUGAAUUCCAUGAAGCCUUUUGCCUCAUUGACAAGGACUCUGAUGGAUUCAUUACCGUGGACGAAUUGGCAGCUAUUAUCCGAUCACUAGAUGGGAAUCCAACAAAAGAAGAAAUCCAAGACAUGAUUGGUGAAGUGGAUGUUGAUGGGAAUGGGAGCAUAGAUUUUGAAGAGUUCUUGAAUAUUAUGGGUAGAAAAAUGAAGGAAACUGUAGCCGAAGAGCUCAAAGAAGCAUUCAAAGUAUUUGAUAGAGAUCAAGAUGGAUACAUAUCUGCCACUGAGCUGAGGCACGUAAUGAUGAAUUUGGGAGAGAGGCUGACAGAAGAAGAAGCUGAACAAAUGAUUAGAGAGGCGGAUUUGGAUGGGGAUGGACAAGUUAACUUUGAAGAAUUUGCGAGGAUUAUGAUGCUCAAAUAA